UUGUAGGUGUGGUUUGUGGGUAUAAAGCACUUUCUCCUUUAUACAGUAUAUCACUCGCUGUUUAACUUUCCUGCCAGCAAGUCUAUUGCUGCAGAGUUCAACUACAGACUUUACAAAAGCAGGAAUAGGACAAUUCAGAUAAGAACGAUAUUUUUGUGUUUGUUUGUUUUGUUUCUCCUUCUGCUGCCUGUUUUUCCUCCUUUAACCAUGUGGAUUUAUAAUUUUUUGCUGAGCUUCGACCUUAAAGGGAUUUUCUUGUUUGGUUUAUUAUUCCUGUUGAUAGCUGACUAUCUGAAGAACAAGAAACCAUCAAACUUUCCUCCUGGACCCAGAGCUCUUCCCUUUGUGGGAAAUAUCUUGAAUUUUGACAGUAAUCAGCCGCAUGUUCAUUUCACCAAGUUGGCCAACAUCUAUGGUAGUGUCUUCAGAGUUCGCUUUGGUUGGGAUACAAUGGUGAUUUUAAAUGGAUAUAAGAUGGUAAAAGAGGCCCUUGUGAUCCAAGCUGAGAACUUUGUGGACCGACCAUACAAUGCUGUGGCUGACAGGUUAUACUCUGAGCCCUCAGGGGGUAUCUUUUUGAGCAAUGGUGAAAAAUGGAAGCGACAGAGACGUUUUGCUUUAUCUACAUUACGCAACUUUGGCCUGGGCAAAAACACACUGGAGCAGAGCAUCUGUGAGGAGAUCCGACACCUCCAGGAGGAAAUAGAGAGUGAGAAUGGUAAACCGUUCAGCCCUGCUGGUCUGUUCAACAACGCAGUGGCCAACGUUAUUUGCCAGCUUGUUAUGGGAAAACGAUACGACUACACAGACCACAGGUUUCAGAUAAUGCUGAAGCAAAUGUCUGAGGUGAUUUACCUGGAGGGGAGCAUAUGGGGUGAACUCUAUCAGGCAUUCCCCAGUGUGAUGAAAUACCUGCCAGGUCCCCACAACAAAAUUUUCACUAUUUAUAACGGCAUACUGAAUUUCCUACAUGAGGAAGUUGAAAAUCACAGGAAGGAUUUGGACCAGAACAACCCAAGAGACUACAUCGACACUUUUCUCAUUGAAAUGAAGAAUCAAAAAGAGUCCAACCUGGGCUUCACAGAGUGCAACCUGGCUUUCUGCUCUCUUGACCUCUUUGCUGCUGGAACCGAGACAACAGCCACCACACUGCAGUGGGCUUUAGUCUUUCUCAUAAAAUACCCUCAUGUUCAAGAGAAGGUCCAUGCAGAAAUAGAUAAAGUCAUCGGACGUUCUCGUCAACCCUCCAUGGCUGACAGACCCAACAUGCCUUACACUGACGCUGUAAUCCAUGAGAUCCAGAGGAUGGGUAACAUUGUUCCUCUCAAUGGCCUCAGAGUUGCUGCUAAGGAUACAACUCUGGGUGGCUACUUCAUUCCAAAGGGAACAUCAGUGCUGCCCAUGUUGACCUCUGUGCUGUUUGAUAAAAAUGAAUGGGAAACUCCAGACACCUUCAAUCCUGGGCACUUUCUGGAUGCUAAUGGGAAAUUUGUGAAGAGAGAAGCAUUCCUGCCCUUCUCUGCAGGAGGCGUUCCAGACACAUCCCAUAGGGAGGAGAUCUAG